UGAACAAAAGAACAUACCCCCACGGCGCAAGAGGGCAAUGCCGUGACAACUUUCACAUGCAGCCCUACACAAUCUACUAGCAUGAAUAUCAUAAAGGUGUGUUAUCCAGAAAACAAAAAUAAAAGUUUGUUUCGUUAAAAGAUAAGGAAAGAAGAUCCAGCGGUGCUGUAAGACGUCCAGAGCUUGUGUGAGAAUCCUGUAAAGGGAAACACGGCUACUUGUAGGGCAGGCUUUGAAUCAUUUCACGGGGGAGCUAAAGAGCACAGUGGCCGGCAACAGAAGGGAAAGACAAAGGGUAAAGACAGAGAAAGAUCAGCAAGAAAGGAGGCAGCGAGCUGGGAGGCCAUGGCGCCGGCUGAUCUCCCACCAGGCUUUAGGUUCCAUCCAACUGAUGAGGAGCUUGUGAACUAUUACCUCAAGAGGAAGGUCCAUGGGCUAAGCAUCGAGCUCGACAUAAUCCCUGAAGUAGACCUCUACAAAUGUGAGCCUUGGGAGCUAGCAGAGAAAUCAUUCCUGCCUAGUAGAGACUCCGAGUGGUAUUUCUUUGGGCCAAGGGAUAGGAAGUAUCCAAAUGGAUGCCGCACAAAUCGCGCAACCCAAGCAGGAUACUGGAAAUCAACAGGCAAAGAUCGGCGAAUCAACUACCAGAACAGAUCAAUCGGCAUGAAGAAGACAUUGGUCUACUACAAGGGUCGAGCUCCUCAGGGGCUGAGGACCAACUGGGUGAUGCAUGAGUACCGCAUUGAGGAAAGCGAAUGCGAGAACACCAUGGGGAUUCAGGACUCAUAUGCAUUGUGUCGUGUCUUCAAGAAAAAUGUGGCACUCGGAGAGUUCCAGAAGCAAAAGCAAGGCGAGUGCAGCUCAUCACAAGCUAAUGAAAAACAAGAACAGUUUACAAGUGUCAGGGAUGCUGGACAGUCAUCUGGUUCAAAUGAGCAUGGUAAAGACAACACAUGGAUGCAGUUCAUAGCUGAUGAUCUAUGGUGCAACAAAACAAAGUGAUGGAAGUAUGGAACUGAUAAGGCAGUUGUUUAACUUCAUCUAACUAGAAACCUCUCAGUUGCACAUUGACUUUGUAUAUGUUUGAUAACAUCAGUUCUCGGUUCUCACUUUGGAGUUUGGACAGGAUGACCACUAAGUUUGGGGGCUCUGACUCUUCAUGUAGAGUUAUAGUUUUCUCUUUUGGUACUGUAAUAGAAAAAACAUCCUACUUUGGUACUUCAA